AUGGCCAACGUGGAGAUGCUCGGCUUAUUGAUAUCAGCUUUCCUUGUCUUCCAAGCUCAAGCUCAAAGUUGUCCGGGUCUACCAAAGUACAAUUCGUGUGCUGACAUCAAGGGUUUCAAAAAUGUCGGCGGAUCAUGCUAUGCGACGGUUUUUGUCGGCGGCACUCUCGAUGCGCAUCGAGCCGCCUGCAAGAAAUUGCAUCCUGACGCUGAUUUGGCCACCAUUCGUUGCGAUGCCGAGAAUCAAGGAAUCUGGGAUCUCGCUCAAGCGCCACUCAAAGACAAAUGCACCAAAUUCAGCGACAAUAUUUACGGAAAUCAACUCGUGAUCGGAUUCUCGAAGGACAAGUGGCUGAGUGGAGCGAAUUUCUCCUACAGAAAUUGGAACUCGGGCGAGCCGAACGGAAAUGAUCAAGAUCAUAACACUCCCGAAGCUGUGACCACGCUGUUCAUCGCGAAUCAGGGCCCAACUCUCCCGGCCGGCAAAUGGAAUGACGCUGGAAUUGCCACACCACAAUGUGCCGCCGUUUGUGAAGUGAUUGUGAAAUCGAGUGGUCAAAGUUGCAACGCCCAGCCGUGCAGCCAAUUGGGCACUCCAUGUGGAACGCAUAAUGAUCCAAUUCUCUGGGAUUCAUGCGCUGAUGUCGCCGGCUUCACCGACAUUGGCGGAUCUUGCUAUGCACCAAUCUUUAUCGGCACCACAAUGGAUGCCGCGAGAGCCGCCUGCAAGAAAUUGCAUCCGGCUGCCGAUUUGGCGACGAUUCGUUGCGAUGCCGAGAAUGAGGGCGUUUUGAAAUCGGCGACCACCGCCUUCAAGGACAAAUGCACGAAAUUCUCUUCGAACAUUUGGAAUAACCAACUCUUGAUCGGAUUGCGGAUGAACAAAUGGCUAAACGGCGCUACUCUUCCCACGUACAGAAAUUGGAAUGCUGGAGAGCCAAACGGUGGAGAUCGAGAGCCAGCAGGAACGAUGCUCAUCGUUUCCGAGGGAGCCAAUUCGCCGCUCGGUAAAUGGAACGAUCAGGCCGAUUCGACAACGUGCGCCGCUAUGUGUGAAGUGAUCGUGCGAAGCACCGGUCAAUCGUGCGGUAUCCAACAAUGCCCUCAACCGCUCAUUCCACCACCGUGUGUUCCACACAAUGAUCCAAUCGUAGCCGACACGUGCUCGAAAGUGCCCGGAUUCACCGAUGUGGGCGGAUCGUGCUACAAGGUGAUCGAGGUGACGGGCGAUCGUGAUGAUGCGCGAACGGCUUGCCGAAAAGUGCAUGCCAACGCUGAUUUGGCUACGAUUCGUUGUGCUGCUGAGAACAAAGCAAUCUUUGGUAUGAUCAGUGCGAAUACGAAAAAGAAGUGCGCCAAGGUCCGAGGCUCUAAUCCGUACAACGGGCAUUUGUGGAUCGGCCUCAACGAUGAGAAUAUUGGCGACGGAGUCGGCUGGGUGAAUGGAGCAAGCACUCCAUAUCGAAAUUGGCAGAGUGGUGAGCCGAACACUCAGUCGGAGGUCUACACGGCGAUGUUCGUGGCCAGCGUCAGCAACAGUCUUGAGCAGAAAUGGAAUGACGUCUCCGUCAACGCUAUCAUGUGCGCCGCCGUUUGCGAAGUUCAAGUGGCUACCAGUGGAAACGGUUGUGGCUACGCUCCUUGCAAG